CGAAAGAUUAGGAGAGUGACACAGAUCUCAAGAGGGGUUGGCCAAGUGAAGUCUUGUGAGAGUGUGAUAGGUGCUGAGAGCUAGCUGCAGCCAUGGCUUCGCAAGGCCUUGUAACCUGGAAGGGACAGCCAGUUAGCCGGAAGAGGCAUGGUGGGGUGAAAGCCACCAUGUUCAUCUACUUCCUCGUUGUGAUGACAAACAUUGGAAACAUCCCGAUGCUACUGAACAUAGUGAGUUACUUGCAUGGCACGAUGCAUAUGGGCAUCGCCGACGCUUCCACCACCGCCGCUAACUUCUAUGGCGCGAUCUGCGUCUUCACCUUCCUUGGCGCCUUCAUCUCCGACUCCUACAUCAAACGCUUCUACACCAUUCUAGUCUUCGCCCCCAUCGAGAUUUUGGGGUACAUGCUCCUCGCAUGCCAAGCACACUUUCCAUCACUGCACCCGCCGCCAUGCGACAUAAUCAAGCACCCCAACGAUUGCACGCCGGUGAGCGGCCGGAACCUGAGCCUGCUCACCCUGGGCCUGUACGUGAUCCCGAUCGGCGAGGGCGCGGUGCGGGUGUGCGCGGCGGCGCUGGGCGGUGACCAGUUCGACGACGACGACCCACAGGAGCUUCGCGGAAAGAUCAGCUUCUUCAACUGGUUCGCCUUCUGCAUCUCGCUGGGCGGGUUCGUGGGGCUCGUCUUCGUGGUGUGGGUGCAGAACAACGAGGGCUGGGACCUUGGCUUCGCGCUCUCCGCGCUCGUGGCGCUCCUCGGUACUGUCGUCGUCAUCGGCGGCCUGCCAUUCUACCGGCACCAGGUGCCCAGGGGGAGCCCCCUCACAAGAAUCUUUCAGGUUUUUGUGUCUGCUUUUAGGAAGAGGAAUCUUCCAUUGCCUGAGAAUUUAAUGCCGUUGCAUGAGAUCACUGAAGGAACAGGCACCAGCACCGAAGUGCUGGAGAGAACUUCAGGCUUCAAGUUCCUUGACAAGGCGGCCGUGGACGACGGCGACACACGGAGGUGGUCACUUUGCACGGUGACGCAGGUGGAGGAGGCCAAGAUCAUCCUCCGCAUGCUGCCCGUCUUCCUCAGCUCCGUUCUAGGCUAUCUCCCGAUCCCUCUGCUCCUCACUUUCACCGUGCAGCAGGGCGGGACCAUGGACACCCGCCUCGGUGUUGCCAACGUCCCGCCGGCGAGCCUCUUCGUCAUCCCCAUCGUGUUCCAGAUGCUCAUCCUGGUCGUCUACGACCGCGCCGUCGUGCCGUGGCUGCGCCGCACGACGGGCUACGCUGGCGGCAUCACGCACCUGCAGCGCGUCGGCGUCGGGUUCGCGUCCAACAUCGUGGCGCUCGCUUUAGCCGCCGUGGUGGAGGGCCGUCGCAGGAGCAGGGCCACCAGCGCGCCGCCGAUGUCGCUGUUCUGGCUGACGCCGCAGUUCUUCCUGCUUGGCAUCAUGGACGUUACCUCCUUCGUCGGCCUGCUCGAGUUCUUCUACAACGAGGCCUCCGCCGGCAUGAAGUCCAUCGGCGGCGCUGUCUUCUUCUGCAUGCUCGGCGUCGCGUCGUGGCUCGGGAGCUUCCUCAUCCAGGUGGUCAACCGAGCUACCGCAGCCCGCGGCGGGGGCCACGGAUGGCUCGACGGCGCCAACCUCAACGCCAGCCGCCUCGAUCUGUUCUACUGGCUCCUCGCGCUGUUCGGGCUCGUCUCUUUCUUUCUCUACUUGUUCUGUGCGUGGAGUUACACUUACAGGCACGACCCUAAAAUGCAAGCGGCCAUGGCGGAUGAUAAGGUUGCUCCGGCAACGACCAAGGAAGCUGCGGUUUGAUGAUGUCAUUCCUGUGUUCCAAACAUUUGCGAUUCUAGAGAUGGAUACAGUUUUGACGAAAUAAGAAAAGAAAUAUGUGCUAAGAGAUUGUAGCCUUUACUACGUUUUUCACGGAGCCCGUCAGUAUGUUUCAUUUGAGUAGAGAAUUCAGUCACAAAAGCACAAUAGCAAGGAAUCAAUAUUUUCUUCCAAUAGGGAUGUCCCAUCUGCUAGCUUCCAGGAUGUGUGCUCGCAAGUGGAGGUUGCCGUUGUACCAUUCUCAUCCCCAUGUGACUCACGAAGGAGAUCAAGAGUUCAAGUGGGGUAGUGCCAGGAAUCAAUAUUGAAAGGAAUGCCCUUUCCACAAUAGUACGACAUAA